AUCCCAAUAGGAGUACCUGACACGGCCCGAAUCAUACACGCAACCACCGGCCGACUCGCAACGCCCGAACGGCGCCGUUGCUCCGCCGCCUCCUCCCCCAACAACUCGCCGAGCCAUGGCUUCCGAGGCUCGCAAGUCCACCGCCGCCGCGCGCCCGCCUCCCCGCGACUUCCUCGUCCACCUCGAGGCCUACCUCGCCCGCCGCGACGGCGUCGACAAGCUCCUCAAGAUCUCCCGCUACGCCGCGCGCCUCGCCCUCGCCGCGGGGCCGCUGCCCCACGCCGCCUCCGCGCGCCUGAAGUCCUUCGAGUCCAGCGUAGGCCUCAGCCGCAAGGCCUUCCGCCUCGGCAAAUUCGUCCAGGACGUCAACGCCCUCCGCGCGCACCCCAACCUCCUCCCUCCGCCCGUCGUGCUGCUGCUCGCCUACGGCGGCGAGGGCGUCUACUACUUCCUCGAGCAGUUCGUCUGGCUCGCCAAGGCCGGCCUCCUGCCCGCGCACCUCCUCCCCCGCCUCCAGCGCCUCAGCGCCUGGGCCGAGCUGCUGGGCUACGUCGGCUCCAUCACGAUUAAGCUGGAGGAGGUGUCCAAGAUGGAGUCCUCAAUCAGGAUGCGGCUGACGGAUGGCUGCGGGGAGGAGAACGACGCGGUGAGGGCGAUGCGAGCGAAGCUGCUGCUGAAGCGACUGUCCGUUGUGCAGGACGUGGCGGACGCCUUCAUGGCGCUAGGGGACGUGACCGACGGGAAAGGGUUGCUCGGUAGCUCUACGCUGACGGCAUCCGCCGGAUUGCUGUCGGCGCUGAUCAGCGCGCACAAGAACUGGAAUUCUUGCUGAAGCUUCAAGCACAAGGUAUGGGUGACGUAGGGAGUAUGGAACUGUAAGCGCCUCCAGCUAAGAGCCUAAGACAACUGGUAUCCUAGAUGUUUGCACUUCAACACUUACAGGUGGGCAUGCCCGUAUGUGGUAAGUUUUGACGGUUUCAGUAAGGUCUUCUCAUAAUCUUUACUUCUGUUCAUUUCUACCAGCUGCACCUUCAAUGUUUUAAUGUCACAUCCAACCAGAUUUUUAGUUUAUUAUUACAGGCGGGGAGCUCCAGUUAGUUACUCAAUUGCAUAAACAUAAUGGUCCAUAAGUAUGACAAGACAUCACACAUGACAAUAACAAAAUGAGUUUAUUGGCAAUGAAUAAAGAACACCUAUCUUUUUCGUUUAAUUCGAUAUAUUGUAUUUAGUGUUUGCCACGGAGCUCCAUAUGUCCAUGUGUGCUUAUAUUUCACUACAACUUUGGAAUAGAAGAUUGAAUUUACUUGUGAUUAUAAAUUGCCAUUAGGGGCUGUCCUACUUCCUGUUGAAAUCAGGCAACCUGCUGCAUAAUUUUGGCAAAUCGUAGUCAAUAGUUAUAUUUACAACUGGCAUUGUUGUUCCAAAUGGUUGGGGUUGUUUUUUCCCCGUAAGAAAAAGGGUUCCAAAUCGAAAUGAAACAAUCUUUAUUGCUUUCCUAUCCGGCACAUCUUGAGAGCAAAUCAAGUUUUUAUUUAAAUGGCUGUGAAAGUGCAUCCUGUAGCCAGCUCCAUAAAGGAAAUUUUUGUUUAGGUGAGCUGUUUUCAACUCACCACUGAGUCGUUGCGGCUUAAGGAAAUACUUGUCCUCUGGGAACGUAGGGAGUAUGGGGCUGUGACAAAUAUGCCUGACCUGACACAAGCCUGAGACUAGCCUGUAUAUCUGUAAAAGUAUGGCCUAAAACAGCAUGCUCCUGAAAGGAAAAUAUUGUUUAUUUGGUCUGUUUUCAGCUCACCAUUGCCUCGUUGAACUGUUUUCUACUGUAGGAGUAUACCCGUAGAAGCAUGAACUAAACUGUCCCUGGAGCAGAGAGUGCAUGGUUGCCGCCGCAAUCUGCAGAUGACCAAGAGAGGGAAGGUCGUGAACUGAAAAUUUGACACCUGCCGCCGAGGAUCAUAUGGCAGCGAGAAGUGGCACGGCAGUGGGGAACGCGUUGUUCUACAGGAGCACAGCGUGCGUGCUGUCUAAUAAACUCUGGAUGUUUGAUACAGUACAAGUAAUUAGGAUUUGCCGUCCCGUCGCGUCA